CCACCGCUCGGGGGCGCUGUCCUUCUUUCAAUAAUGGACUACACCAAACUACAGCUAGAGGCUAUAGGAGACAAGUGAACUCGGGAAGGGGGAAGUGGAGUUUUCAGACCGAAGGAAGCAAAGAAACAGAAGAGGGGGGACGAAAAAGAGCUCAAAACGAUACAAAAUCAGAGGAGGACGGUGGAUAAAGUGCUUUAAUUGAGACCGGAGUAAAAAGAAAAGAAAGAAAGACAGGAACGACCUCGCAGGAGAAAGGAAACCAAGAUGAUAACGCCGCAUUUCCUGGAAAAUUUCUGGGGUGAUAAAAAUAAUGGAUUCGAUGUCCUCUACCAUAACAUGAAACAUGGCCAGAUAUCCAGCAAGGAACUUGCAGACUUCAUUAGAGAAAGGGCUACAAUUGAGGAGACAUACUCCAGAGCAAUGACCAAACUGACCAAGACUGCUAGCAACUUCUCUCAGUUGGGGACAUUUGCUCCAGUAUGGGAUGUAUUUAAGGUGUCAACAGAAAAGCUGGCUGUCUGUCAUAUGGACCUGGUGCGCAAAUUGCAAGACCUCAUCAAGGAGGUGCAGAAAUAUGCAGAGGAACAAACCAAAGCCCAUAAGAAGACAAAGGAGGAAGUGGCACCCACGCUGGAGGCUGUUCAGAACAUCCAGAGUGUGUCUCAGGCAUUGCAAAAAAGUAAAGAAUACUACAACAGCAAGACUGUGGAGCAGGAACGCAUGCGCAAAGAGGGUUCCACUCAGAGAGACCUUGAUAAGGCUGGGCUGAAGGUUAAGAAAGCCAGAGAAGCAUACAAGUCCUAUGUGGAGAAAUAUGCCAGCACAAAGACUGAAUUUGAGCAAAAAAUGGCUGAGACAGCACAGAAGUUUCAGGACAUUGAAGAAAGCCAUAUUGUGCAAAUGAAGGAGAUUAUCCAGUCAUAUUCUCACUUGAUUGAAGAGACACACAAACAGAUUGGAGAGGUGCAGAAAGAGUUUGUGAAUAACAUGGAGAACACGUCUGUGGAAGGUCUAUUACAGAAACUGGCCGAGAGCAAAGGGACCGGCAGAGAAAGGCCAGGGCACAUUGACUUUGAGGAAUGCAAUGUUUCUCUUACUACAGAAGGUGCUAAAUCUAGAAAGAGGAAGGCCUUUGCCAUUCCAGGGCGAAGAAAAGACAAGGAUACAGAUUCCACUGAAUCUACAGAAGUCGAAAAUACUAACACAGCCAAUGGAGCUCCCUCAGAUAUCUAUGGACCCAUAGAUUUUCAAAAUGCUAAUGUGCCUCAGGUGGAUGAAGAGGGUUUCUGUAUCAGACCGGAAUUCAGUGAAAAUGAUACCAAAGAAAACAACUCUUCAUCCAGUGAUUCAGAUGAAGAAGAUGAGCGCAGAAAAUUUCAUGUGGAAAUCAAACCUGUGCAACCCAAUAGUGGCACACAGCAGCACAAAGCAACCAUUGACGAGCUGAAGGCUUCAAUUGGAAACAUAACCCUUUCCCCCUCUGCUACAGUCCACAUGAGGAGGAACCAGUCUAGUGAUGAGUUGGUAAGGUCCAGAACACAGCAAGCGUCAUAUACGGAUAGACUGACCAGCAAUGACCUGCUAUCUCUGGAUCCAUUUGGCCCAAAUCUCUCUGGUGCCACUUCCACUGUGUCCUCCUCUGCAGAUGAGCUUUUCAUUACCGUCCACCCAUCUCCACCCAGAGCCAUGAGCACUUCUCCAAUCCUUAUCAAAAAUCCAGGGGAUGCUGUGACCCACAAUACUCCACUCAGCUAUCCAAACACUGGUAUCAGUCUACUUUCUUCCUGGACUCAGAACCAGUUGGUGGCUUUUGUGCCUUUUGGUGGGCUAACCUGUUCUAACCAGGAAAGACCUCGGUCAGUGCCCAUUUACCAGCAUGCCAAACCCCCAACAGGCAAAGCUGCAGAUCCCUUUAUUAGCAUGGGCCAGAAGAAGGAAAGCCCUCUAUCUGGGAUGGAGGACCAUGCCAUGACACCCACAGCUGGCCAUAUGCAGGAUGUUCCUUCCUCUAACAGACCCCCAACCCCUCUGGGUACAGCAGCAAUAGUUCCUCCACCUCGACCCUUGUCCCGGCCCAAACUGCCUGCAGGAAAACUGACUGGCAUCAAUGAGAUUGCACGGCCCUUCAGCCCUUCUAUGGCAACCAGCUCUAGUCCUUUGCCUACUGCUCCUCUAGCACGAGCCGAAAGCUCCUCCUCUCUGAGCUCUAGCACCUCACUGAGCGCGAGUAACACACCCACAAUUGAGGAUGAUGUGUUUGUGGCGAAACUGCCCACGUUUGAGAAGAGGUGUGAAACUCCAGCAGGGACAUCUCGUGGCCCCAGCCCAGUCACAUUAGCAUCCCAGGAUUCACUUCCCAUAGCUGUUGCUUUCACAGAGUCAGUUAAUGCCUACUUCAAAGGAGCUGAUCCCAGCAAGUGCAUAGUGAAGAUCACAGGAGACAUGACACUUUCCUUUCCCAGUGGCAUCAUUAAGAUCUUUACAUCCAGUCACUCACCAGCUGUACUCAGCUUCAGACUCAGAAACACUAGCAAACUGGAGCAGAUUCUACCAAACCAGCAUCUUCUACAAAGUGACUCCUCCAAGAAUGACACAAACACUAAAGAUUUCUGGAUGAAUAUGCCUGCACUGAUGGCAUAUCUCAGGAAGGCCUCAGAACAGAAUCCAACAUCAUCUUACUACAAUGUGGACAUCCUCAAAUACCAGGUGUGUUCUAAUGGGAUUCAGUCAACGCCGCUAAAUCUGGCAGUGUACUGGAAGUGUGCACAAAACACUACAGACCUGCGGGUGGAUUACCACUACAACCCAGAGGCUAUGCAACCGCCUGGACCACUCUGCAGUGUUCAGGUCCUUGUACCUGUCAGCGGUUGCGUCACCAACAUGCACUCACUCCCCAGUGCCAUCUGGAAUCCAGACCAAAGUAAGUCAUUAUGGAAGCUGAAUGACAUCUCUGAGAAGUCUGAAAAUGAAGGUUCUGGCUCUCUGAGGGCAAAGUUUGAGCUCUCUGAUGGCCCAUCAAUCCCAGCCACUCUGGCUGUUCAGUUCUUUAGUGAGGGUAGUACUCUCUCUGGAGUAGAAAUGGAACUGGUCGGAUCUGGAUAUCGACUCUCCCUCAAUAAGAAGAGAUUAGUCUCUGGGCGAUAUAUGGCAGAUUGCUGAGAUGUCAAACCAGAGGCACAUUUGAUCAAACUAUUGAAAUAUUAAAGGAUUGCUUUUCAUUGUCAUUUUAUUCCAUCUUCUCUCUUCAUGGCGGAGGUUAAUGGAAGGUGAAACAAAAGGGCUGUCAUGCUGAUGGCUCCUCUUAUGCCUUUAAAUAUUCUCAUGAUUUUGAACUAUCCUUCCAUCAAACCAAAUGCACAUUUUUGUUGAAGAAAGAACUUUUUACUACACUUUUUUUUAAACUCAUGUAGCACUGAGAAUCAAACACUGUCUAAAAAACUAAUAAAGAAAACCAAUAAGGAAUGUCCAAAUACUGAAGAAUGAGAAAAUGAAAAGUACUAAACUGAUAUUUUAGACUUUUAUAUAGUGUGUUUUCAUGUAUAGAUAAAUUUUUACAUAUAGAAAAUAUCCAUUUGUAUAGACGUUAAACUGUUAUUUGUAUAAACAUCUUUAAGUCCUGAUCAUUAAAAAAGAGGGUCAAGGAGGGACAAAAAUGCCUCAGGAAAUGUUGAACACUUACAUUCUGUCCAAAAAGCUACACCUCCAGGACAGGCCUUAGUUCUUAUUUUGCAUAAAAUCAGUGGAGCAUUAUUAAUUGUCCCCUGGAUUCUGCGUAAUCUAGACUUCACAUUCUAUUGGUGUACUUUUGACAAACAUGCCCUUAGGUAUUACCCACACAGUGGCUAAAAUUUCAUACCUCUCAAUAGUUUUUAUUUCUCAAAGUAACUGUGCAAUGAAGGUAUAAGCUAUUAAAUGGAUCAGUAAUGCGAUGUAUGUUUAGUUUAUGUUUAGUUUAAUUUCAAUGUUAAGAAUUCUGGUCAGUUUUUUGAAAAAUUUCAACAAAAACAAAGAAAACCAAAAAUUUGGAAAACUGCCCUUAGUGCCUAUUUUCUAAACAAACUUGAUGAUUUCUUUCUCUACAAGCUUAUCUUUGUGCCAGUUCCAAUUUUUAUUAUUUUUUUAACUGGGACACUGAAGGGAAAAUACUCAUAAAUGAUAACGUUAAAUGAACCCCUUUCUUUAAAAAAGUGUUGGUAAUUGGGGGGGGGGGGGAUGCUUCCAGCUUUAAAGGUGACACAUCCAAAACAGACAACUUUGUACAUUUUAAGAUUGAUUUCAAUCUCCCCACACAUUUUGAUCUUUAGUUUUGAAUUACUAUCUUCUUCAUGGUCUCUGUGUUUUAAUAUUUUAUAAUAUACAGCAUAUGAUGUCUUGCCCUCAAAAUACAGAACUGAUGAGCUGAUUCCCUUUUAAGCAGAUGAAUGUGUUCUUGCUAAACUUUAUGUUUGGAUAAUUGCUGUAGUUGAGCAAUCCUUUUUGCAAUGAAUUACUAAAUGACUGGGCCCUAAAUGACCCAAAUAUUUAAGUAUACACAAAGGCACAGAGAAAUUAUAGUGGAAAUGAUUGUGACCCCCCCCCCCCCCCAUUUUUUUUAUUAAUGAAUUAUUUUGAUGUAAUAAUACAGUAAUAUUUUACUAUAGCAUUAAAUUAUAUAUUAAUAUAGUACCAACAUUCCAGCAAUUUCAUUAUUUUCUACCAAUUUUUCUACCAUUUUCUGGAAUACCUGCUUGUUUCUUAUAGACACAGGGCAGUCUAGCUUAACUGUUGCAUGUCUAAGUAACUAACCAUUCAAAACUGCUAAACAGAAGUGCUUUAAGGGGCUAUACACAGUGUUUGUUUUUCUUUUCUUUUUUUUGUUUUUUUAAAUAAUGGCCAAGUGCCUCAUAUUUUUCUCUUAAGGGUCAAUUAUCUUAAGGGCUACUUUAACCAGUGGGAAGAUGGAGAUAGACCCUAAAUAAUACAGUGGAAUGUUUGAUAUGUACUAAAACGUUAAAUGUGUAAUGUGUAAAUGUGUAACAUUCUAGGAAAGUUUUAGGUUUUAACAGCAAUAUAAUUUUCCACAGGAUCAAUUUUUAUGACGUAACUAAGCAGAGUUUUUAAAUUCCUAAUUUUUACUGCUUUAUUGGAAAUUUUUAAGAUGUAUGUAAUUGUGUAAUUGUAUUGAAAAAAUAUUAAAAUGACAUUGGGCAUUUAGUGUGGAGGCAGAUGUCAACCAGUGGACAUUAGUCAAAACUAAACUGUGUGACACUUUUUCUGUCCAGUAAAACUACAUGACAUAAAUGUCUAAUUGUGUAUUUUGGCAAGCUGGUUCUUGCUGCCUCUACAACCAUCAGAUAAAUGUGUGAAUUUUGAAUCUUCUCAAA